CAGCCGCCUGCCCUGGCGGGAGUGCCUCGCUUUGGGCGCUGUCGGGCCCUGGGCCAGGGGGAGGGAGCCUUCGGCGCUUCAUGCGUCCCGGGCGCCGGGACUGAGGCGCGGAGGUCGGGACUGAGGCGACGGUCGCGGCGCCAUGCGCGCCCCCUGCGCCUGGCCGCUGCAGCUGCUCCUCCGACCGGGCCCGGCCGAGCCCGGGCGACUCCGGCCGGCGGCUUCCAUGUGGGUUCCGGCCGCGGCCCGCGCCCCCGAGCCCCGGCAGCGGCUGCUGGGUCUGGGGGUUUCCUAUGGUACCGGAUCCGCGCGCCCGCGCUGCUGGCGGAGCGGCUAUCCCGGCGCUGGUCUGGAUUCCGGCCUCUGCGCCCCGCGGCCGCAGGUCUCCGCGCUGGCUCCGCGGUGCGCUCUCGGGAGCGGACUCGGCAUCGCGCGGCUGCUAGGACUCCCAGUGCGGCCCCUCGGCGCCUGCAGGUGUGGGGCGCUCGCCCGGCCAGGGGCUCCCUGGCUCCCGCGCGCAGGACUCCCGGGCAGACUCUCCGCCUCUUCCCGGGCCGGGGGCCAGUCUGCAGCUCCCGAAGCCGUGGCGGCUUCGGGAACCGACUCGAGACUGCGCCGCUCGCCUGCGGGACGCUCGGAGGCGAAGAAACUCCUGGGGUUGGCGUAUCCUGAGCGCUGGAGGCUGGCAGCUGCUCUUGGGUUUCUGACCGUGUCCAGUGUCAUCACCAUGUCCGCUCCUUUCUUCCUGGGGAAAAUUAUUGAUGUCAUUUAUACAAAUCCCAGUGUCGACUACAUCAAUAACCUAACCAACAUCUGCCUUGUGCUCAGCGGAGUGUUCCUGGGUGGCGCUGCUGCCAAUGCUAUUCGUGUCUACCUCAUGCAAACCUCAGGUCAGCGCAUUGUGAAUAGGUUGAGAGCUUCGUUAUUCUCCUCUGUUCUGAGACAGGAGGUGGCUUUCUUUGACAAGACCCGCACAGGAGAGCUGGUGAACCGCCUCUCCUCAGACACUGCCCUCCUGGGGCGCUCGGUGACUGAAAACCUCUCCGACGGGCUCAGGGCCGGGGCUCAGGCCUCCAUUGGCGUUGGCAUGAUGUUUUUUGUCUCACCUAGUCUGGCCACUUUUGUUUUGAGUGUGGUGCCUCCAAUGUCCAUCCUUGCUGUGAUUUACGGACGAUAUCUACGGAAACUGACGAAAGUCACACAGGAUUCCUUGGCACAAGCCACUCAGCUAGCCGAGGAAUGUAUUGGAAAUAUAAGAACUGUUCGAGCUUUUGGGAAAGAAAUGACUGAAAUAGAGAAAUACACCAACAAAGUGGAUUAUGUAAUGCAUUUAGCCAGGAAAGAUGCGUUUGCUCGGGCUGGCUUCUUCGGAGCGACUGGGCUCUCCGGUAACCUGAUUGUGCUUUCUGUCCUCUACAAAGGAGGGUUGCUGAUGGGCAGUGCCCACAUGACAGUGGGUGAACUCUCUUCCUUCCUAAUGUAUUCUUUCUGGGUUGGAUUAAGCAUUGCAGGUCUGAGCUCUUUCUAUUCAGAGUUGAUGAAAGGACUGGGUGCUGGAGGACGCCUCUGGGAACUCAUUGAGAGAAAGCCCUUACUUCCUUUUAAUGAGGGGAUCAUUUUAAAUGAACAAACCUUCCAGGGCACUUUGGAGUUUAAGAAUGUGCAUUUUGCCUACCCAGCUCGCCCAGAGGUGCCCAUAUUCCAGGAUUUCAGUCUUUCCAUCCCUUCAGGGUCUGUCACAGCACUGGUUGGCCCAAGUGGUUCUGGCAAAUCAACAGUGAUUUCGCUCCUACUGAGGUUGUAUGACCCCAUUUCUGGAACUGUUAAUCUGGAUGGUUGUGACAUUCGUCAGCUAAAUCCAGUCUGGCUGAGAUCCAAGAUUGGGACAGUGAGUCAGGAACCAAUUUUGUUUUCUUGCUCAAUUGCCGAGAACAUUGCUUAUGGAGCAGACGACCCUUCCCUGGUGACUGCAGAACAGGUAGAGAAAGUGGCUGAUGUAGCGAAUGCAGCUGCUUUCAUUAAAAAUUUCCCCCAAGGAUUCAACACUGUGGUUGGAGAAAAGGGAGUUCUCCUUUCAGGUGGACAGAAACAGCGGAUUGCAAUUGCCCGUGCUCUGCUUAAGAAUCCCAAAAUUCUUCUCCUAGAUGAAGCAACCAGUGCACUGGAUGCUGAAAAUGAGCACCUUGUGCAAGAAGCUUUAGAUCGCCUAAUGGAGGGGAGAACCGUGUUGAUUAUUGCCCAUCGUCUGUCUACCAUUAAAAAUGCUAAUAUGGUUGCUGUUCUUAACCAAGGAAAAAUUACUGAGUUUGGGAAACAUGAAGAACUGCUUUCAAAACCAGAUGGGAUAUACAGAAAAUUAAUGAACAAACAAAGUUUUAUUUCAACAUAAUAAAUCAAUUAUUCAUAAAUUGAAUAUGAGAGACUUUAAAGCAAAACAGCAGUGCAGGAAAAAAAAACUUGGGCAACUAUACGAUAUCUCUAAAUCAUACUUCAAGUUAUUUGAAAUACACUUAUUUUUUUCCAAAGUGUAUAAAAUAUUCUUUUGAAAUAUACCUGUCCUAAAGACCUUUUUACUCAGAGUUUUCCUAAUUGUAACUUUCUAAAUGUCUAUAACACUGAAGUUAUUUUCAGGUUUUUUACUUUUAUCUUGAAUUUUUUGAAUUCAGAGAGCGUGGCUUCUCCUUUUCCUUAGCCUGCUGCUAUGUAUUGAAACUAUUGUCAAAUGCUAACUUUUAAGAGGAAAUUAUAAAUAAAAAGCCUAAUUAUUUUAGGCCAGUUUACCAAUCACUGUGUAUUUCUCUUGGUAGUAUUCUACCACUUUGUGUCUAAUUCUACUUGGUAGGGUAAUACAAGACGAAAAUCUAGCCCUUUAUUUUAUCUUGAUAAUUUCAUAAAGUGAACAAACUAAUAUACAGGAAUAGUUAACAUUACACGGAGAGAAGGGAAAAUUUGUAUUGCCAGUUUUCUGUGUCUUAAAAGGUGUGAGAGUUUAGGAAUAUAUGUUAAUAUGGGAUGUGAUUGUGUUUGAAUGUGUGUGAUCUUCAACAUUUUUAGCACAUGUGAACCUGUUGAGUUUUUUAAAAGGAAAGCCCCAUCCUUUGAACAGGAAAAUUUCUAUUUUCUUUAUUCACAUAUUUGUUUCUGUGAGUACUUUGGGAAGCAAGGAAUAGACUUCCAGGUAUUAUUGGAUGGAUAAAAAUGAAUUUUACAUUUAAUUUUUCUGAAGACUUGCAUUUUGAAAAUUAUUUUUUUAAAAAUGUGUAAUUCCCAGCCAAAUUAAAAUUUAUUUUUUAUCAGUUACUUAAAUACUUUUGGAACUUCAUUCAAUGAGACUAAAAUCUGAAUAGUAAACUGAAAUUUUCAACAUUAAAACAUUUGAAGAAAGUUUAGAAGUUUUUACUAUUCCACAGACUCACAAGAAAUCUUAACUUGUCACUCUUCUGAAAAAGAGGACAUUGAUAAUCCUUUUUCUUGUAUUUAUGAUUAUAAUUUUAUUUACCUCAAUAUCUCAAAAUCCCUAAAACUAUGCUGACAGCAAUUAAGCUUUACCAUAUUUUUCUAUCAGUGCUACUAAUUUGCUGUUUCUCCUGAAAAAGUGUUUUUCCUGCAUUGAAGAUGGCAGGACCUAAGGCUUGAUUAUGUUGAUGUAAUUUAAAUGGAAGUUUUCCCAUGUUCUAAGUGUUCGUGAGUCCUCUCAUUAUACUGGAAGAGGAAAUCCCUAUUUCAUGAUAAGCACUGAGUAUGAUAUUUCAUUCUACAUAAGGGAAUGCAUUAAUGAAUAAAAUGAAUUCAGUGAAUGAAUGAAUUCAGUGUUCUUUGAAUUAGUAAAUAGUACAUCUGUGACAAUCAUUUUAAUAAGCUUUACUUGUAUUUUUUUAUUCAGUUGCUAUUAUGGUGUGGUUCUCAAAAAGCAAAUAAAAUACAAUUACAAAGUUGAAUCUGGGGGAAACUCUGUGCCAUAGAAGUAUGUACAAAAUUAAAUUUGAUCAUUAUGUUUUAUUUUCUAAAACAAGAUGUUCAAUUGUGUUUUUAAGUAACAUUUUCUAUCAUGGAUUAAAACUUAUAAUGAACUUUA